CACUUUGAGCCACUAGAUGGCGACAAAAACAUACAUUUCACGUCCUGGUUGAACGUGAUGUAUUUCUUUGAUUAUUCCGCACACCAUCGUUGCACUGUGGUCUUGCAUAACAGGUAUGACGGAUAAACGGAUUUAACCCACACAGCAGACGUGAGAAGUGCUCAAUGUAAGGAUGAAUGCUGAGGAUAAGUUGGAGGGCAUGUUGCUGAAGUGCAGCAGUGGGGGGAUUGAUGGAGGAGGGAGAGUUAGCCUGGGCGCCGGAGGCYGACUCGUGGUGAUGACCCUUGGGGAACGAUCGCUGGCGAACCACCCCCUCCUGGCCGAUGAUGACGACGACGAAGACGAAGACGACGACGAGGACCUGACUGGAAGUUCGUUGGUUACGCAUGACCUGGUCCCUCCAGAGCAGCUGAUGAUGCAGGAGGAGGUGACCAAAAAUGGUGGAGCAGGAGAAGAGGAUGGAGGAGGCGAGGUGGGAGUGCAUUUCCCCCUAAAACUCACCAAUAAGUUGCCGUGCUUACUUCAUAUGCCAUUGAACAUCAAGCAGGAGCUGAAGCUUUCUGACCCAGCAGUCCAUUCAAAGAAGGACAAAAAGGCAAUCAAAGACCUGAGUGUGUGCCCGAAGAAGAAAAAAAGGAAGCAACGCUCACCAGCUAAAAUUCUCAGCCUGGAUGAUGAUGGCUCUGUGACCAUCCCAAACCCCAAGUGUCACGUUUGCAUCCACUGUAAUGCUGCGUUUAGAACAAAUUACCACCUACAGAGGCAUGUCUUUAUUCACACCGGUGAGAAGCCUUUUCAGUGCAGCCAGUGUGACAUGCGCUUCAUUCAGAAAUAUCUCCUUCAGAGACAUGAGAAGAUUCACACAGGUGAGAAGCCUUUUCGCUGUGAUGAGUGUGGGAUGKGGUUUAUCCAGAAGUAUCACAUGGAGAGACACAAGAGGACUCACAGUGGAGAAAAGCCUUACCAAUGUGACUACUGUCACCAGUACUUUUCCAGAACAGACCGGGUCUUAAAACACAGGCGAAUGUGUCACGAAAACAGAGAAAGGAAGACGAACAAGACGGCCAGUAAAGUUGGACCUYUACACGAAGCAGAUUCUUCAGGGUCUCUGUUUCUUCCCAAAGAGUGUUCUCUACCCAAGAAAAAACGCCAGAAAUGUGCAGCAAAAAGUUCAGGAGCCGCUGCUGCCACUCACACAGACAGGCACGUUUUUUCAAUAGAAGAAACCGAAGAGAAGGAGGAGCCGAGUCAAGACAAACUUGAAAGUCCGUCACUUUAUGCUGUGACCUCAAAGGUAAAACAUGAAUAUGUGAUUUCUGGCUACGCUGUGGAACUUCCCGAAGAAACAUCCAGCCAACACGAAGARGCAGAACUGACACCAGAAGAAACGACCCCACCUAAAAUAGUGUUAAAGAAAGUCCCCAAGAGGAGWCUUAAACAACCCAGUGAGCCAACCCCUCCCUGUUUGCCCGCCUCCCUGUCCUCCUAUGAGGACAGCGAUAAAGUGGGACAGUACUCUUUUGAAAUCGUGGACAAACAAAGCCUUUUAGACGCAGAGGGGAACUCUGAGCUUGAAUCYGUGGAAACUCUCCAAGGAGGACCAGCAAAACCAGCAGCCAGCAGCACAAACUACGACGACGCCAUGCAGUUUCUCAAGAAGAAGCGUUACCUUCAAGCCGCCAUGGCCAACAACGCCCGGGAUUACAGCCUGAACACAAGCAGCAUCUCCACCCAGCCGUCUGUCACACAAACCAUGGUGUCGGCGGUCAUCGACGAGACCGUCCCCGUCACCAUCCUGGAGCCCCAGCCGAUCAACGCCGAGAUAAAGACAACUCAUGAGAAAAACGUUUUGCCCGAUGAGGUUCUUCAAACCUUGUUGGACCACUACUCCAACAAAGGCAACGGCCAGUCAGAGAUUUCCUUUAGUGUUGCCGACACAGAGGUGACGUCGAGCAUAUCCAUUAAUUCCUCCGAGGUUUCGGACAGCAGCCCCGUGGACAACCUCGGAGCCUCGAGCGCUCCGGCUCAGCCGCCUUCUGAGAAAGUCAGUCUUUUGCAAGAAUACUCCAAAUUUCUCCAGCAAGCUCUGGAGAGGACCAGUCAGAAUGACAGCUACCUGACAAGCCAGAGUCUCAGUUUGGUCUCAGAAAACCCCACGUUGGUCGGACAGCCUCUGUUCUCCACAGAGAAACCGUUUUCCUCCCCCAGCAGGUUCAAAUCAGGGAUGAGCUCUCCACUGAGAUCCACUUUAGAAAAACCUCACUUUGGAUUAUUGGUGGGAGACUCCCAACACUCGUUUUCCUUUUCGGGCGACGAGACCACCUUGCCCUCUGCCGUGUCCCCCMCUGAGGAGGACUUUUUGGAGGUCUCGCCUCCUAAAAAAACGGACUCCUCACAAGGGAUCCUGCAGACUUUCCAGAUAAGCUCGUUUGAUCAGAACUUCAAAUCCCAUUUCCAGACAUCGAGAUCUGCAUCGUCCUCGCAGUUUACUGUCACCAACGGACAAGUCAGCGUUCGAGGUCACGGCACAGACUUCUCAGAGUUCCCUUUAGGUCGGGUCACAGAGUCCAGGUCUCAGUUGAACUCCUCCCCUGACGUUUCAGCCGGCGAAUCAUUCGGCUGAACAAAAAAAAUAAACCUUAUUUUUGUUGUUGUCGUUAAUUUUUACAGCACUUUAUCUCGUUUGUCUUGUUUUGCCAAAACAAAUCUAACCAUAAUUGUGAUUUUUCUUAAAGCAGUGGGAGAAAAACAGUUGUUUUGUUUUCUAACUGAAAUCUCUGACAUCAUAUUUAUAACUCAAAGAUUAUAUUACGAAAAUAUUUUUUUUUCUCUCAAGAAAAUGCAUUUCUUGUUCUGGAAUGUACACUAAAGAGGUUAGGUGACCAAAGUGUAAUGCUUCAUGAAUAUUCUCCUUUUGCCACCAUAGAGUUUAUUUUAAACUUGGGCGUCGCUUUGCCUUGCUCAUAAAAAAUUAAAUAAAAAUCAAGUCACUCUUGCUGCUUUAUGCAAUGUUUGCUAUCAGCCAUAAAAUUAUGCCCACCUGCCGUGUAAUAAGUACUGCCCUGCCAAAUUAGCUUCAACUAGAGACAAUAUCUACUGCGUCUUUAGUGUCUGAUACCAGUGUGUUGACAGUGAACACAUCAUAUUCAUUUUUUUAAAUAUCAAACUUAAGCAGUUUUUCUAAAUCCCUUCAAAAAUGUCCUGAAGCAGAGCUGCAGGGUUCUCCAGGCAGCAACAAGCUGUGAGGUUAUUUCUCCCGUGGUCAUAAUGUUAUGGCUGAUUAACGUAUGAAAGCUGUGUUUCUGUAUGCCUCUUUGCUCUUUCUUUAGCUACCUCCCUUUUUGCAGUUUAUCUAUUGAAAGAACUUCGUGUGUAUUCAAUAGAACUCCUCAUUGCAGCUCGAAUAAUUUCUGACUCAACAGCACAAUCGUUCUUCACUUUAUGUUUAAGUCACUUUAUUCUCACCGAAAAGGAACCUUUCCACUGGAUGUGUGUGUGUGUGUGUGUUGUGGUACAGGACUGAUUGUAUGCAUCUGGUUCAUUUCCUGUUGAAAAACUGAGUCUAAUCAGGUUUAUGACCAAAAAAAAAAAAAAAAAAUCCUUGUUUUACCUUCAAUGUUUAAAAUAAUGUGGGCAGUGGUUUUACAGAUGUGCAUCUUGCCCCAGGACAGGCCACGUAACAGACUGGUUCACUCUAAAAUCUCAUUUUGGCCUCAAAACAGCUGCACACAUGAAAUGGUUGCAGGAUAAGUUGCUUUCUUUGAAUAGUAAAUGUCAUUAGUAGUUAUUUUACAUGAGGAUUGUGCUUAACGUAUGGACAACUUGCACAUUUUUCUCCACAGGGAAUAUCACAUGUACAAGCAACGACGUAACUCUGAGACUUACGUGUUUAUUUGAUUUGACAAACUCUCUUUGUUUUGGUCACGUUAUGUGGAUGUUUGUUCUGUAGUUUGUAGUUUUUAGUGAUAGUUGUUGGAAGUAGAAUCGAUUUGGGGGGAAACGGCAACAGGAUGCCAACAAUCAUUAUUGUUUCAUUAAAACUAUAGAAUAGAAGACAGCACAUAGAGGAAUGAAAAGUUGGUUCUCAUUGUAUUUAAUUUAGUUUCUGUGCCUUUUUUUUUCUUACAGCACUUCCUUUUUACUCAUUCCUGCAGAAGCUUUCUUGCGCAAUAACCACAACCACAUAAGCUAUAUCAACUUAUUCACUCUGUAAUGAAGUAGGAGCUUUAAUUUWGCCUUUUUUUAACAACUAAGAUUCUCAAACUUUUGUGUCUGAGAGGAAAUMGCAUUUCAUCACUUCUAUAGUGAAGGACCAUGGAAACAUGCUUCAGAUGCUUUUAGUAGAAUUCACUAUUAACAGUGUCAUUCCAGGCUUUGUUAAAACCAUGCAGAGCGAGGUACCCUGAUGUUUGCCACUUUCAGUUAAAGCUCCUUCUUGUUACAACCCCUCUGACAAUCAGGGACAGURAGCACCUCGUCAUUAAUCACAUCUUUUCCUCUUCAUUAUGACCCCCGCCCCCCCUCUAGAAUGUAUAAAUAUCUUGCUGUAAAUACAUUGUAUACUUUUUUAUGUUCUACCAAGUACUGUUUUAUCAGUAGGAAGGAAACGUUUUGUGCAAGUGACACUUUUUGUCAGCAGAAAGCUUGUUAGAUUUCAAGCAUUUCAUAGUUUUUAAGCAAAGAAACUUUUAUUUUCUGACAGUGUAAGGAUUUUUUUUUUUUUUUUUUGAGAAUUGCGUCCAUCUCACAAAGGAAAACGGACACUUUUCAAAGUUUUAUCGCAGGUUUGUUUGAGUAGAUGUGAAAAUGUGUUGAAAAAGCAGCGGUGGGUGAAAAAACUUAAAGUGCAGCAUAAUAUCAUCUGAAAAUUUCUUUCAGGGCUAAAUGUUUAAUUUAAACAAGUUAGAUUGGCUGGAUUAUGCUAAAAAAUUAAUAAUAAUUAUUAUUAUUUUUAAAAAUUUCUCUGGGUACCCAUUUUAUUGAAAGCAAUCUUCCAAAGCACAAACAUUUUUCUAGUGUAAUCGUGUCCCAUUCCAUUAUGGAAAAGGGUUAUUUUGAGUUACAACAUUCAUGACCUAUGUGGGCAGUUCUCUUACUUUGUACCUUUCAAUUAACUAUUGUCAGUCUUCUGGCCAUAAGUGUCCUUGUAUAAGCUGAACAAAAACCUUUGUUUUGUGAAAAAAGAUCUGUAUUAUAAAUUUUUUAUAAAAAUAUUUUUGAAACACGUCAUAUUCUGCACUGAUAUGUAUAGUGAAUCAGACUCGAUCACUCUUGUUACCCUCAUUUAUCUCUUUACAAAUUGUUUCUGUCAACAUCUUUCAACUAUAGAUGAGAAUUUGGCUUUUUUUUGUACUUCGAAAUAUUUUGUCAACCCUCUGCUUCACCUAAAAAAUGUUAAUUUGCAUGGUCUGAGUCGUCAGGUUGAGUGAACUUGUUUUCUGAAUAAUGUGCAGCUUUAAUUGUAGCUGAUUAAUCAAGUAACCCCAUAUGAUUAGAGCUUUGCAAUAUAUUAUGAUUUGUAAGCAAUCUGAUUGUUUUUGAUUGUCGUGUGUCAUGUCCUUAUGAAUAAAGUUAUUUACAGAA